GCCAAGAACGCGCUGGCCCACGCGCUGCAGUCGGCUCGGCACGACGGGGACCUGCUGCGGGAACAGUACGAGGAGGAGACCGAGGCCAAGGCCGAGCUCCAGCGCCUGCUCUCCAAGGCCAACUCCGAGGUGGCCCAGUGGAGGACCAAGUACGAGACGGACGCCAUCCAACGCACCGAGGAGCUGGAGGAGGCCAAGAAAAAAUUGGCGCAGCGGCUGCAGGAGGCCGAGGAGGCCGUGGAGGCCGUCAACGCCAAGUGCUCCUCGCUGGAGAAGACCAAGCACCGGCUGCAGAACGAGAUCGAGGACCUGAUGGCCGACGUGGAGCGUUCCAACGCCGCCGCCGCCGCCCUGGACAAGAAGCAGAGGAACUUCGACAAGGUGUUGUCCGAGUGGAAGCAGAAGUUCGAGGAGUCGCAGACGGAGCUGGAGGCGUCGCAGAAGGAGGCCCGGGCCCUCAGCACCGACCUCUUCAAGCUGAGGAACGUCUACGAGGAGUCGCUGGAGCACCUGGAGACCCUCAAGAGGGAGAACAAGAACCUCCAAGAGGAGAUCUCGGACCUCACGGAGCAGCUCGGCGCCGGCCACAAAUCCAUCCACGAGCUGGAGAAGGUCCGGAAGCAGCUGGACGCCGAGAAGCUGGAGCUCCAGGCCGCCCUGGAGGAAGCCGAGGCCUCCCUGGAGCACGAGGAAGGGAAGAUCCUGCGGGCGCAGCUGGAGUUCAACCAGGUGAAGGCGGAGUACGAGCGGAAGCUGGGGGAGAAGGAGGAGGAGAUGGAGCAGGUGAAGCGCAACCACCUGCGGGUGGUGGAGUCUCUCCAGACGUCGCUGGACGCCGAGACCCGGAGCCGCAACGAGGCCCUGAGGCUGAAGAAGAAGAUGGAGGGCGACCUGAACGAGAUGGAGAUCCAGCUCAGCCACGCCAACCGCGGCGCCAACGAGGCCCAGAAGCAAGUCAAGGCUCU